CAGAAACAGAGAGAUCAGCAGAGCUGAGAGUGAGAGGCACUGAGGAGGGAACACACACACUUUUACUGACUCUAAAACACACACACACAGGCACACACACACACACACUCAUACAAAGACAAGUGGUCUAUUGUACACACAAACACAAUUACACUCACACUUAGCUGGACUCUGGACUGACCUCUCGAGGAUACAUCCCUCAGGACUCUGUUUCCCAUCAUGCACCAGCGGAGCCUCUCAGAGCUCCAGGGGGUCUCCACCCAGCAGGGGGUCUCCACCCGAAGGACUACCCAGGAUCGAGCCUUGUGGAGCUCCAGGCUGAGGAGGGGGGCCGGGCGCCGGUGCCUCUGCCCGCCGUGGGGAGCCCCUCUCUGGGCAUGGCUCCUGCUGGGGGCCCUGGUGGUUCCUGGAGCCUGGAGCUUUCUGAGUGAGGAGCAGGAGGAGCUGCUGGUGGAGCUUCAUAACCACUACAGAGGACAGGUCUCACCCAGCGCCUCAGCCAUGCUGCCUCUGAAAUGGGACACGAGCCUGAAAGUGAUCGCAGAGGGUUACGCUGCUAAAUGCAUCUGGAACCACAACCCAGAACUGGAGGACACUGGAGAGAAUCUGUUCGCCGGCACCGGGCCUCUGAACAUCACAGUGGCUCUGGAGAAAUGGUUUCUGGAACGUCUGGACUAUAAUUACCAGAACAACAGCUGUGAAGAAGACAAGAUGUGUGGACACUACACACAGAUGGUGUGGGCAGAUACACACAGAGUCGGCUGUGCCUUCCAUCUCUGUAACAGCAUGGAGGGUCUGGAGUGGGAGAGAGUCUCCUUCCUCGUCUGCAACUACUUCCCAGCGGGCAACUAUGAAGACGAGAGGCCAUUUGAGGAAGGUGACUGGUGCUCCAGAUGUCCUGAAAACCUCCAGAAAUGUGAAAACAACCUCUGUGUUGCUGAGGAGGAAGAGGUGUCGUCAGAGGAGGAGGAGGAUGAUAAUGAGGAGGCAGGUUUUACUCUUCCAACAAUCCCCCCCACAGUCCUCCUCCUCCUGCCUGAAGAGGAGGAAGAGGAGGAGAUUGUCGUUCCUCCUCCUGCAACCACUGACUCUGAUGUCCAGCUGGCCACAACCACCACCGCUCCCAGUAUCACCACCACCACCCCCUCCUCCGCCCAGGACUCUGAGGAGGCCCAGCUACCAGACAGCUUCGCCCCUGCAGAGGUCCCCUCAACACCACAGGGUGAGGAGGAUGUGGUUGAAGAAAAGAUGGAGGAGGAGGACAAGAAGGAGGAGAAAGAGAUAAAGGAGGAGAAAGAGAUGAAGGAGGAGAAAGAGAUGAAGGAGGAAAAAGAGAUGAAGGAGGAGAAAGAGAUGAAAGAGGAGAAAGAGACGAAGGAGGAGAAAGAGACGAAGGAGGAGAAAGCGACGAAGGAGGAGAAAGCGACGAAGGAGGACAAGAAGAAGGAGGACGAGAAAAGAAAGGAAAGUACAGAUAAGACGGAGGAAAAGGGAGAGAGAGACGUAACACGCAACAUACAUGUGAAGACAUAUGUUAUUACCACCAAUGCUGGUUCAGUAUCCUCCUCUUCUCUCCUGCUGGCCUGUCUGACUGCCAUCCUGACUCUCAGGCUGUGAGGAGGAGGAGGAGGAGGAGGAGGAGGAGUACUGCACAUGACCUUGUUAACCCGCCCUGUGGUAACCCCCACCCCUGCAGAGUAAUAUGGGUCAAUUAAUAAUUCACACUCAUCAGAAAACAGCUGCAACGUUUGCAACAUCUGCACGUAGUCCGGGGCAAUAUCUGGGUCACACAACGUCUGCGUAACCUGCAUGGAAUACAAAAAUAUUACUGCCAGUCACUGAUGUGAACUAUACAUGUUCAUGAAAAGGAAACAUUCACAGCUUCAGUUCGGAGGAUCUUCUGACGGUGAUCUGAGAGGAGAGAUGAGGGUUAACGAGGUGAAGCUGUGAUUUUGAUCCUUUCCAUCAGAACCGAUCACAGACAGCAGCCUUUAAAUCAUCACUGCUUAUUCACCUCCUAGUUUGGCCUGAGAAAGACUUUAACGCUCUGCGGGACAAAAAAUGUACAAGACUGAGAAAACCUGAGAAACCAUUUUGGUCAAUCAGCCAGUGAGAAACUUUGAGUUGAAUGAACGAGGCACCAUCUUGGAUCAUAGAGAACAACCACCAGUCACCAGAAGAACAUGUUGGCAUUGUACGUUUCUAUAAACUACAAUACAUUUGCAGGUUUCACAUCUAUGACACGUUUCUAAUGUGACGUAAUAUAUGAGCUGACUGUGUCAUCGGGGGGGUGGGGGGGGGGGUGGAAUGGCGUGACACCCAGGUGAGAUGCCUGGUUGUGUUUCUCGAAUCACUCUUGUGUUUCCAGCAGAGGCUCCGCCCCCCAAAAAGAAUAUUUUAAACCAAAACAUUUUUUCCCCAAACCAUAACCAAGCAGCUCAUUUUCAUUUCAAACUUCAAAUGCCGCGAGGCAGCAUCAGUUUGUCACACGGCCUGACAGAGCCUUUCUUGGUGGUAUGAUAUGCCGCUGGUCAGCCGGACGGCACCUGUCACAGCAGUAUGAUGAGCAGACAGGAGGCGUCAGUUUAAAAUGCGGCCAGGAACUACGUAAUAUAAGGAGCUGGCGGGCAGCAGGAGGGGUGGGUCCAACAAACCCUGGACUUUCACCCGGGAGGCCGAUGUUUGUGACCAAUGUGAUUGUUGAGCCAAACCAUGAAGUUUGUUUUUCCAAACCGAACCCCAUGCGUUUGUUGCACAAAGAAAUAAAUACCAACAUAAGUUUAUUUUGAAAGGGUCAUCAUCUAAUGAGCAGAAACUGUAACCUGGAAAUCCAGAUGCCCCUCCCACAGCAAAUUCAAAUGUGCACUGCACGGGGAUCUGGCUCCGACAAGCAGAGCCCGCUGAAUCGCCAUUGGACCAAUCAUAUCAGUCUAUCUCACAGAGGCGGGCUCUGUGCGGGCGUAACAUGAUGAAGACAGCGCUGCACCGCAGGAGUCGUAAAGUAAACAGCCAAGAUGGCAGCUGCCGAAAGACCGCGUCCAUUCAGUUUAGCUUUGGAAGAAACGCUGAGCCAACUACACUUAUCUUUUUCCUUGAGAGAGGAACAGAAGACUGCCCGAGAAGCCUUCGCUUCCAGGAAGGACGUUUUUAAUGUUUUGCCGACGAGAUACAGCAAAAGCAUAAUAUAUCAGUUAGCCCCACUGGUCAGCAAACAAAUGGGGCUUAGUGCAAUGAAUACGUCACCUUGUUUUUGCUCUGAUUGGCCAUCGUGCUAUCCAAUUGCGUGCGGUGGCAUUUAAGAUGCCUCAGUUAGUGCCACCCCUUGGAAAGGAAGGAUGCAUUGGUCAGGGCCAGACUCAAAAUCUUUCUAGAUUUGAAUCUGGAUUUCCAGGCUACAGAAACUGUAGAUUUCCUGUGGUUUUGGAGACGUAUUUAGAAAAGACACAAUGCACUGAACAGGCGUAAAUUGACACAAUGUCCCUGAACGUCAACAACAAAUGCAAUCUAGUGCAUAACAUGUAGACGUAAACAGCACUGACAAAGCAGCGAUAUUCAACAAGUUGGGAUGAGAACAUGUUGAACCAAGUGGGGGUUUCAGCCUAACGCUGGCCACGUGUCACAGUGUUGCUGAAACAUAAAGUUUCAACAUUUCUUCUACACAAUAACCAAGCAGCAGCCGCCAGGGCUGAAAAAUGAAGCCAACACGAAAAAGGCUCAUUUCAGGGCUAAUUUCACCUAAAUAUGGUCCAUGGCUCCAAAAUUCAAGAUGCCGACGGCUGAAAUGGUGAAUUUGAGGCUUCAGAACAUGAGUCUGUAAACAAAUUGGUCACAGUAGCUACGUCCAUUAUUUUUACAGUCUAUGAUAAUAACAUAACAUAUCCAUGGUUUCCACAAACUUACAAUGCCAACAUCUUUUUCUGACAGUUAGGUUGGAACCACAUCCGACUGGAUUCAGAGCUCUGGAGCCAGGCUAACUGUUUCCCCUUGUUUCCACUCUUUGUGCUAGGCUAGGCUAAUGAUAUGCACAUCGUACCUUGAACUGUAAGCAUGUAUAAAUUCUCUCAUCUGCUUCAACUCUUUGUGAAACCUCAGACAGGUUAAUUUCCCCAAACACCUUAAAGUAUUCCUUUAAUGUGAGAGCAAUGUUUAGAUCUUCAGGCCUGAAGCUCAGAGUCAGUUCAUCUCUUUUACCUGAAGGGGUUAAAGUUUAUCAUGAAGUGAUGCUGUUUUGUUGUGACACCAUCACAAAAUGACUAAUACAAUACUGAAGCAGUCUGAUAACUCAUGAAGCUUUACCGGCACAGAUGUGCUCAGUUACAGACACAGGACACUAAAAAAACAAACGUCUGUUUGCUUCGUGACAUUAAAACGUUUAAUUUGCUGUUUCUCUGUAAACAUACUGAAUUAUGGGUGAUCUCAGAAACACAUAGCUUUUGUACUGAAAACCAAAAACAGUUGCAGUGCUGUAAAGAGAGGUUACUCACAUGAUGUCAGACCGCCUCCUCGUGUUUCUGUCUGCAGGGUGACCCACGGCGGUCUCCUUAACCCUACAGUAUCAUCUCAUGUGGAAGGACCUCUGUAAAGAUCUAGUUAAAGCAACAGUUUAUUGUGUGUUUAGUGUUUAGUGAAUGCAGGAGAAACUAUUGCUGAACUGUGUUUGCUGUGUUUCAUACUGACGACCCUGCUUCUUCUUCACUAUAUAUAUCUACUGUACAUCAUUUACUCUCUCAGACUGGAGCCACACCUGGACACAGUCUCUAAUAACUGACCUGAUCUCUGUUACACUGUCGUAGACAACAGGAAGUUACCAUAACCACCGUCAAUAACUUUAGCAACGAUUGCUGUAAAUGUCUGUAUAUAAGAUUAAUAAAGAAAUAAACCUUAUUUCUUCUUUUUGACA